CUCACUCUGACAUCACUCUCUCGACUUCAGUUCUUCCUCAACUUUCACAGACACAGAUUUUUCUGACAUUUUCCAAAUUUAUUUCGUGAUUUUAUUUAAAAAUACAAAAUGGCUCGCGGACAGCAGAAAUUGCAAUCACAGGCCAAAGCUCAGGAGAAGCAGGCCAAAAUAAGUAAACAGCAAGGUCACAGCCUGUCCGCGCAGAAGGACGCGGCCGCAAAAGCGCUCAAAAUCAGCUGCGCCAUUUGCAAGUCGCAAAUGCCUGACCCCAAAACGUACAAGCAGCACUUUGAGAACAAGCACGGAAAGUCCCCGCUUCCAGAAGAACUCAAAGAUUUGUAAAAAUUAAAUUCCAUCAUCAAAAAUUUGUCAACUAAAAUUAAUUAUGCGCCUUUCUAAUUUUUUAUAAAAAAUAAAUCAGCUGAUCACGUA